AUGUGCCUUAAGUUUCACAGUAAAUCUUCACAGCACGCGUGCACAAAUGUUGCCACAAAAAUGUCUUGGAAAUAUGUGUUGAAAGUAGACAGACCACGAGAAUGGCUGGUUAAAUUCAUGUGUGCAGAUGUGAAACUGGGUGAACACAGUGAUAUUUCAAAGAUGUCAACUCGCGUGCAAGACUAUGGUAUGGAUGUGGCGAUUUCGCGGAAGGUUCAAAUAGAGGUUCAGUUUAAUUUACAAUUCACCAGUAUUGCCUCAUCGCUGUUUAGUCGAGUCAGGGCGCUAUGCACGGAAGAGAUCAGCCGAAGAGCAGCUCAAAUCGAUAUUGCCAACAGACUUCAGGAAGCAGGAUACCCACUUAACAGCCGAUACGAUCCAGAUGCUGAACGGCAAGUCAUUGGAUGGGUGAAUCAACUAACCGGACAGACCAUACCUCUGGGCCGCGAGAAUGUGCAACGUACCCUGAAAAACGGACACAUACUGGUUGCGCAUUAUAAUACCGACGUUAAUACUAGCCCAAAGGAAUCCUUUAGACGAAGUACUGUUAGUUUACUUUCCCCACAACGAGUGACUCAUUCUAAACUACCCAUUCCGAUGUGUUUCCUUCCACCUUCCGAAAGCCUGAUUAGCGCUGUUUACGAUCGGACACCUAAUCUGCCUCCUCGUGCCCAGAUGGUCCGCCGCCCAAUCAAACCAAACGCUGGCAAUGCUCCCUUCAAACAGAUGGAAAAUAUUCAAAAGUUUCUGGACAGCUGUGAAGCCUACGGUGUUCCACGAGAUUGUCUCUUCCAAACUGUGGAUUUGUACGAGGCAAGAAAUAUGGCACAAGUGCUCGCGACCUUGCUUCAACUAGGAACUGAGUGUCAGAGAAAUGGAUUCCAAGGACCCGUUUGUGGACCGAAACCGACCAACGCGAAUCCUCGUCAUUGGUCUGAGGAUCAGCUCCGAGCUGGAGAAGGCAUUAUUGGAUUGCAAGCAGGCACGAAUAAACUGGCUUCACAGAAAGGCAUGUCUUUCGGUGGUCAACGCCACAUUGCUGAUAUUCGGUGUGACAAUAUGACUCCAGAAGGUGCGGCUGUCAUCAGCUUGCAAAUGGGUACCAACAAAUUUGCCUCACAGAAGGGCAUGAGUUUCAGCACCCAACGUCACAUUGCCGAUAUUCGAUGUGAUGACCUCAGCCAGGAGGGGAAGGCUGUCAUCAAUUUGCAAAUGGGCACCAAUCAGUUUGCUUCACAAAAGGGCAUGCGAAUUGGCGGGAGUAGGCAUGUGGCUGACAUUCGCUGCGACGACAUGUCCAAAGAGGGCCAGGGUGUGAUCAAUCUCCAAUAUGGCACAAACAAACUGGCUAGCCAGAAGGGCAUGCGCAUGGGUGCACAACGUCAUAUCGCUGACAUUCGCUGCGAUAAUUUGUCGCAGGAAGGCGCUUCGGUAAUCGGACUUCAGAUGGGUCUGGCGCAAAGCCAGGUCGCAUCUCAAGCUGGUAUGUCAUUUGGUGCCCAGAGACACAUCAACGACAUGCACUGAAAGAAAUGCGUCCACUGGUUUCCGGUAUGUGGUUCUGCAACUUGGCUUUGUUGCUGGAUGGUGACUGGAGCGCACAAACACACUACUGAUGUCUUAUCUUCUCUCCUCAAGAACACUUCUCGCCAUCUUUUGAGCCGUCAUUUAUUUUCGCUCCUCUUUUUCCUUUAUUUAAGUGACGAAGAAUUCAUCUCACGCUUUCGUUAAACAAACAAGGUGCCACUUUUAUCGUUAGGUCGUUUUCCGUUGCACUUUAACAUUAAGUUCCAUCUAAUUUAAAAAAAUCUCUGCACCAAUACCAGAGCAUCCCCAAACACUUGAUUUUCGCCGGUCGCCAGAAACGACCCGAACUAAUUUUUAUCACGCUCUGGAAAUCAAUCUUAUUUAUCGCAAGAACGCCUCCAGUUUCUUGCAUAGAAACAUAUUAGACUUAUUUUCUAAGCAAUUCCGCCCAUGUUCGGAUUUUGUGACCAUCUCACCGUUACUUAUGUGAAUGGAUGACACUCUAUAAAGAAGGCACCUUAUUGGCCAGCAAAACUCGUCGAAUCAGAGAUGACGGUCAUCUUUUUGAUCUUUCUCUAUCAUUAUUCCUUCACAAUGGAUUCCUUACAGUUCAUUGCAUUUUCUAUUUACAAUGCGCCUGUGCAUGCAGAUAUGAAAAGUGUGUGAAAGUUUCAGUGGUCUUGUCUUGUUAACUCAAAAUAUGAGUUUUUUGUGUCUAAACCAAUGGAAGGAGUAAAAAACAUAAUGUGUAAUUGCUGGGCAUAUUUACUUUGAGAGAAAUAUUAACUGCACGAUUCGGAUGGGCUUACCAUUAGGGAUUUUGUCAACAAAC